AUGAAGAUACUGGGCUUCUUCUACGCCGUCUCUGGCGUACUCGGCCUCACCUUCACCGCGAUCACCACCGGAUGUACCAAAGAAGGACUGUAUUGCCUAGACUUCUCUGGAGCCAACAGCGAUGUCUUCAGAGUCCUCACAUGCAAGAAUGGCAACACCCAGGUCGUCAGCGAGUGUCUUGCAAAGGAAACCUGCAUCGACAACCCCACACCGCACUGCACCCCAGAGAGCAGCCCUCGGAAACCAUCGCUCGUCAGUUCUAAGCCGGUCCCUAACAGUUACGUUUGGUCAACCACAACUUUGGAUACGAUGUUGCCAACCCCGCCAGUGUUCCCUCAGGUUCCAUCCACGAUCGACGACCCCUCCACCAGCAGGACAAUUACCAACCAGCUAGCAGCGCGGCAAACCCAAUCGCCCUUCCGCAUCCUCAUCUUCCCACAGACAAGCAUACGCGGAAAAGGCACUUCAUUUGACGUCGAUGGUUGUAUCCGGCAUUCCGAAAUCCCGUGGCCCAUCCGCUCCCUAGUUGUGGAACGUUACUUCGAGUGCAUGUUUUGGGAUGGGGACGACUGUUCAGAAAGAACUGGUCCGCGGCGAAAGGAGGGAAGCGCUACGGAUCGUAAGAUGAUCGGGGAUGUGAAGUUUGGUUUUGAGAUUAAGAGUUUAAGGUGUCAUGCUGUUCUCGGCUAA